AGAGAAAACGGUCAACAGACAAACAGAGUGAACAAACUUCAAAACCAGUGAGCUGGACAAGAGCAAACCAUCUCUGCUGCAUCCUGAAGAAAAAGGAGAGGGACAGAGGAAAACAUGACAUGAGAAGGAAUGGAAGGGUGAUAGAGGGGUGAGAAGAGGGAGACAAAAAGGUAAAAAAGAUUCUUGGACAGUUGACAGGAUAAGAGAUUUGUGCUCUUCAAAACACGACAGAGUGUAACAGCAGCAGCUCUCUGGGAUUCAGGUCAGUGGUUCCUGUUUGCUCCGUCAAAAAGGAAAGAAAAGAGGAAGAAAAACAAACAAGGGCAGGUAAUAAAAACAUCAGGUGACAGAGGGAGUUGUUUCAGAGCAUGUAAUACAUGCCUCUUUAUUAGGUUUCAGUGUUGUUGAAAGUUUGGAGUACUUUAAAUAGAGGGAGUGGUGAGAAGGAGAGAGGGAGACUCAAACACCAAAAAAGGUCUGGAGUCAGAGCUGGAGAAACAGCAGGCUUAACCGAUGCUGCACACUCGUGUGGAGAGAAGAAUAAAGACAGUGGCAGAGACAGAGCGGCAGAACAAGGAGGGCAGAGACACAGAGACGAAAACACAGAGACAAAAAAAGGAAAAAGGAAGAAGAAGAGGGAACAUGGACUGAUGAAACAUAACUCCUGAAGUGAAAUCGACAGAGAGUGGGGCCAGAAAGAAAAGGCAGGUCAGGAGGGGUUAGUGGUGAGCCAGAAAAAGCUUCCAGAGUGUGUGUGGGUGUGUGUGUAUGUGCGGGUGGGUGGGCUGUUACUGUAAAUGUGAUCCUCAGCAGACCGACCAUAGAAACUGAGAACCCUAAGGGGGAGGAAGAUCAGCUGGUUGAACAUAUGAAGUAAACCAUGGAAGCCAGGGUUUCACCGAUAAUCUAAACCAAACAAAUCCUCCAACACCCGUCGCCAUGUCUACGGGCCCUGGCCUCUGUGCACCUGACCUGGCCCAGGGCCCCUGGACUCUGGGACCCGUUGGGCUCCAGACCCUGUUGGACCUGCUGGUGGGUGUCUACCAGGAAUUCUACUCCUCACCCUUCAUGAGGGAGAAGUAUGUCUCUGGCUUCCUACAAUGGGCCGAGCCGCUGGUCAGGCAGGUGAAGAGGACUCGAAUUAAAAGAGAAGACUUUCACAUCCUGAAGGUGAUCGGCCGCGGGUCAUUCAGUGAGGUUGCUGUAGCUAGGAUGCGGAGCACUCAACAAGUGUAUGCACUGAAGAUCAUGAACAAGUGGGACUUGCUAAGGCGAGGAGAGGCUGCAUGUUACCAGGAGGAGAGGGAGGUUUUGUUGAGGGGUGACAGACGCUGGAUCACAGAGCUGCAUUAUGCCUUUCAGGAUGACAACUACCUGUACCUGGUGAUGGACUACUAUGUCGGAGGGGACCUGCUAUCCCUGCUCAGUAAGUUUGGAGACCGGAUCCCUGAGGACAUGGCUCAGUUCUAUCUGGCUGAGAUGGUCAUGGCCAUCGACUCUGUCCACAGACUGGGCUAUGUACACAGAGACAUCAAACCUGACAACAUCCUGCUGACAGAGGAGGGGCACAUCAGACUCGGAGACUUUGGGUCCUGUCUCAAGCUCCUUGAGGAUGGGAUGGUUCACUCCUCUUUGGCAGUGGGGACUCCGGACUACUUGUCUCCAGAGAUUUUGAGGGCAGUGGAGGGAGGGGGAGGUUACGGUCGUGAGUGUGACUGGUGGGCUCUAGGUAUCUGUGCCUAUGAGAUGCUGCUGGGGAGCACACCCUUCUACGCCGAGUCCAUCUCUGAAACAUACGCCAAGAUCAUUCACUUUCAGGAGCAUUUUGAGUUCCCUGCCUCUGGCCCUGAGAUUUCAGAAAAGGCUCACUCCUUCAUCACCGGGCUCAUCUGUGAGAAAGAAGUCCGUCUAGGGAGGAAAGGCUUCACUGACUUUAGGAGUCAUCCUUUUUUUACCGGACUCGACUGGGGCUCCCUCCAUAAACUUUCUGCACCCUACCUCCCUGAAGUAUCAAAUCCAACUGACACCUCUAACUUUGACAUCCUGGACGAUUGUGUCACUGAGAUGGAGACGCUGUCUGAUGUCAUGGAGAGAGCUCCAAUAGGAGUACACAUGGCUUUCGUUGGAUACUCCUACACUGCGACCAGUCAGACGGGGGCUGUUGACCGCAGUCAGGACAUCAUGAUGCAGAUCGACCACACCAGGCUGAGGGGCUUUGAGAGUCUUUACACACCAAAGAAUCUGGGCCAGCUGUGGCAGCUCACAGAAACUAUACCAGAUGAGCUACCUGAGCUGCUGGAACUCCCGCUUACUCUGGAUCCUGGUCCUGCUGUAUCCACUAGCACCAGCACCACAGAAGAGGGGCAGACCGACCACAUGUCAGGAUUCAGUGAAGAUCAGCAGAGACGGUUAGAGGAAGCAGAGAGGAGAUGUUGUGAGCUGGAGAAAGAAAUGGAGCGAAUGAAGGCGGAGAUGAAAGACUGGAGGGUGCACAAAGAAACAGAGCUGAGUAUCUGCCCAGCAUCUCUCGCUCUGCCUGCCCACUGUGUGGACACAACAUGGGAUAGGCAGAGAGCGCCCCCAGGCUGCCACUACCCGCUGGUGAUUCCACUGCACCGUCACCUGCUCCUGUUCCACAGGGUACGCCUGCCACAGGUGAUGAGUGAGUCGUACCUGCUGGUGUGUGCAGAAGGUGGGGAGCUCCAGGCCUGGGACAGGCACUGUUACACUGAGCUCUCCUGAAAUUGCUGACUUCUCCACUCUGUGACAGGACAAAGGACUGAGCCCUGCCCUGCGCUCACAGUCUGCCCCACUCCUCAGCCUCCUACUCUUUCAAAGAUGAAGGAGUGCAGGACUGCAAGCUUCUCCUCCAGGAGCUGCUGAAGGUGUCAGUGUGUGUGUGUUUUUAGGAUGAGAAAGGCAGGACAGACUUCUGGAGGCUACACUGGAAGACUUACUGAGGAUCUCCUCUUAUGUACCUACCCUGCUCUCCAAACUGAAAGAAACAAUAGAAUUGCACUGAGUUCACAGCACUACUGUGUGACAAUGACACUGAUGUUUGAGUGACACAGAGGAGUCACUCUAUGUGCAUGCUAUCUUCAGCCUUUAGACCCUUUUGUUGCCUUGUAGUGGUUACACUGAAUAUGUGACUCUACACCUAGGGUUGGUUUGUAAUCGUGUUGCACUACUGCAGUCUCUGCUGUAGUUCCUGCUGUGCUGUUUUAGUUUUUUAAAUAUUUCUAGUAUGGCUCCAUUAAUAAAAGUCAUAAUAAAUACAGUGUGGCAGAGUGCAAUAACAGAAGCAGUCAUAUUUUGGUUAAAGCUGAAAGUGUAAUGGAAAGUAAUUUAAAGGUGUAUUGCAGAGCUGCAGAGAUGUAUACUAUUUAGGUUUUUAUCAUAACAGGGCUGCGUUUUUUGAACACUCACACACUCUGAAUUUAACAGUCAAAAAACUGUGAUUUAUUCCCUACAUUUUUAGUUUUAACUAACUCUUUGGUUCUAUGUUGGCAGACACUGUAAUCUCUUUAUUUUGAUUAUUUAUGAAGCAAAAAGUGGAACUGAAUGUUAACGAGAUGUAAGCAUUUAAAUUGUGUGACCAGUGUCUGAUUGUAAACUUCUCCUCAGGAUGUUAGAAAUGUGUUUUCUUAAUCACAGCUUUAGUCCUGAGUAAAAAGUGCACUUCUUAUUAGAUUAUUACUCUGCUGAUAAUCAAAUACCUUCACAGCUUCCAACACAACCCCAGCUUCAGUGUCAUGCACUCGGUCUUUGAUACAAAUAUUUAACCUGGUACAAUACAGUCAGGAGCCUGAGUGGGAAACGUGUAGACAGAGAGGAACAAAAGGUGAGGGUGGUGUUUUUAUGAAUUGAUAUUGAAAGCAGCAUUGCACUGACGUGUUACACUCAAGGUAACACUUGCACUCUCUGUUGCAUUAUAAUUUUAUUUGAAAUGUAAAAACAUCACUUCCAGUAAACAACAGGAUUUUCGUCAGAACCUCAGACGUGCUGAUGGACUGGCACACGUUCUGUUUGUUCCUGUCUGACUUCGGCUUUGAUUUUGUUGAAUUUUCUAAAUCAUUUUAAUACAUCGUGUAACAAAGUGCCUUAGUGAUCAAAAUUGAGAUGCACAUUUAUUUGCAUAUGCAGGUAAGGAAAGGCAGCUAAUAUGAGAGGAAAGAAGUGAGUCCAGUGUAGCUGGUACCAAUGAAAAGCUGUUAUUUAGGUAUGCCUGGCAUCAGAGGAACUAUCUCACUAAAAUUCUUGUCUCUCUUUUACAAAACAUCAGGUGGAGAAAAUAUACAGUAAGUCUGCUGACUGAACUCCAGUGGCUAUGUGUGUAAACAAGUGUACGAAUAAGGAAUGGCUUUCAGUCCAUGCAUAGCCAGACCCAAUACAAAGAUCAAUAAAUGUUGAAUGAUCCAAAGUGA